UUGACAGAGUUGUGUCGAGUGGACGAUAGUUAUUUCGCUCGAUUCUUGCUUUAUUUUUAUUGCAAUGAAAUAAGAAUAUAGUUUAAGGUGUAAGUCUAAAUUAUCGUUAACACUAAGCCUUUAAAAUGUAAAUGUGCUUUUGCAGUUAAGUGCACCGAUCUUAUAAUCUUUUAAGAGUGUGUCAGUAAAUUAUUCAUCAUGGGUGUCAGGCGGCUAUCAACAGUGUUCUGGGCGACAUGCAUCAUGGCAUUUAUCUUCAUUCUGUAUGUGGUGACAGACCUGAGCUUCAAGCUGCCGAGCAUCAAGCCAGCUAUGCAGGAACUUGAUGAUAGUAAAUGGUCAAUGUUCGAAUCAAAGCUCCGACACAUAGAGGACGAAUUAAAUCAGCACCACGCUGUAGUUGGUGAAAUCAAAUCAGCCAUCGAUCAAAUCGGGGACCAUCCCGAACGCGCCCAGGGCCUUGUGCAGGAGAAUGUUCUACAAGUUCCCAAGCAUGGGGACGAAGCACAAGGACCGAAGCGGGUUGAGAGUCGGGAGAAAACGGAGUUUAAGGCGGUGGUCGCUGAGCCGCCCAAGUUGAGACCGAAGCUGAAUGAGUCUGGGUGCCCCUUGCAGACGCAUGUCACACCAAAGACAGAUGUACAGAUGUUAUCAAUGUACGAUAGAAUAAUAUUCGACAACGAGGACGGCGGCGUGUGGAAGCAGGGAUGGAAGAUUGAAUACGACGACAAACAAUGGAGUCAGAAGAACAAGCUCAAGGUGUUCAUUGUCCCGCAUUCUCAUAACGACCCGGGAUGGCUGAAAACCUUCGAGAACUACUACAAGACGCAGACGCGCGCGAUAUUCACCAACAUGUUGGACAAGAUGGUGGCCGGCGUCGGGCGCAAGUUCAUCUGGGCGGAGAUCAGCUUCCUGGCGCUCUGGUGGGACAACGACGCCUCGGACAAGGAGAAGGACAUAUUUAAAGGCCUCCUAAACUCCGGUCAAAUCGAGAUCGUGACCGGCGGCUGGGUGAUGAACGACGAAGCCAACUCCCACUGGUUGUCCAUCAUCCAACAACUGACGACCGGCCACCAAUGGUUGCUUGACCACCUCAACUAUACACCGAGAAACGCGUGGUCUAUUGACCCGUUCGGGUAUUCGAGCUCGCAGCCAUAUCUAUUGAAGUUGGCUGGGUUUGAGAAUUCGAUUAUACAGAGGGUACAUUAUAGAGUGAAGAAGGAGUUGGCGUUGAAUAGGCAGCUGGAGUUUAAAUGGAGACAGUUAUGGGAUAGCAUCGGCAAGACUGACAUGUUUACUCACAUGAUGCCUUUCUACUCCUAUGACGUUCCUCAUUCGUGCGGACCCGAUCCCAAGAUUUGCUGUCAGUUCGAUUUCAAGCGGCUGCCAGGAAAUGGCGUCACUUGCCCGUGGGGCGUAGCGCCCAGAAAGAUAAUUCAAAAGAACGUCCAUGAGAGGUCGCAACUGAUCCUUGACCAGUGGCGUAAGAAAGCCCAGCUGUACCGCUCCAACGUAGUUUUAUUUCCGCUUGGUGACGACUUCCGGUUCGACCGCGCCAACGAGUGGGACAACCAGUACCAGAACUACGAGAUGAUCAUAGACUAUAUCAACAACAACGAUCUUUGGAACGCUGAGGUCCAAUUCGGAACUCUCCAAGACUACUUCAAGGCGUUGCACGAAGAGAUGAAGCUGUCCGACUUCCCCGUGCUCUCCGGAGAUUUUUUCACCUACUCGGACAGGAACGAGCACUACUGGAGCGGGUACUACACGUCGAGGCCCUUUUACAAGAACAUGGACCGCGUUCUGUUAGCCUACGUCAGAGCAGCUGAUAUAAUCACGGCUCAAGCGACAUCAUCCAACUCAGUGCCCUAUAUCACUUCGCUGACGUUGAGAGACAAGGUGGAGGCAGCGAGGCGCUCGCUGGCUCUGUUCCAGCACCACGACGGAGUCACCGGGACUUCGAGGAACGACGUGCGAGCUGACUACGCUGACAAAAUGCUAAAAGCCAUCAAACACAGCCAGUCCGCCAUCCAGCAAGCGGCGUACUUCCUCCUCAAACAGCCGGACAUCCUCGACCAGACCCAAGAAGACGUCUUUUUCGACGUCGACGACAUCUGGCGGCAGAAAGAUGAAAUCCCCUCGAGAAUCACUAUGACUUUGGACCCAUUGGCAUCUUCUAGAAGGGUGAUUCUAUAUAACUCGCUGACGUUUAGGCGUCAACAGAUAUUGACUUUGUUCAUUUCUACGCCACAUGUCGAGGUUUUCGAUCCAGAAGGAAAACCAAUAAUGUCCCAAGUGUCACCGGCGGUGUCAGGGCAAAAGCGGCUAGCAUUCGCCGCGAACAAGUUCCAACUGUCCUUCCCUGUCACUGUGGAGCCUUUGGCCAUCACUACCUACACUGUGUCGUUACGGGACACCUCCAGCAUUAACAAAUACACCGCGUUCUCCCGCGUGCGCGUCUACAACGCAGACUACUGGAACAUCGAGCUGCCCAACAUGUUCGCCGUGGACCAGCCCGCCGCGCGCCUCAGUGAGGACGUCGCCUUCCAGGCCGGCAACGGGACGAGACUGGUGGCCAAUAUGAACGGACUUAUCAAGGCCAUAGUGACGCCUGGUGGCGAAACUGUGCCGGUUCAUAUGGACUUUGUACAGUACGACUCCAUGCAAGCUGCAGACAACAAUAGCGGGGCGUAUCUCUUCAUCCCCUCGAAGCCGGCGACUGUGUUCCGUCCCGACGCGUUCCCUGAGCUGGUCAUCACUGAAGGACCUUUCAAAGCUACCUUAUACACCGGCUUGAUUGGGCCUAACUCUGCUGAGAUCGUGUUGGCAAUGUCGGUGUUCGACAACCCGUCGCUGCUGCAGACGGAAGUGGAGAUCUCGAACACUUUCCUCAUCGACCCGCAGGUCAACGACCUCGAGCUGGCCAUGCGCUUCUCCACCUCCAUCAAGAACAAAGACACCUUCUAUACGGACCUUAAUGGCAUGCAGAUGAUAAAACGCCGCUAUUUCGAGAAGCUACCCCUCCAAGCAAACUUCUACCCUCUACCAGCUGCCACAUACAUCGAAGAUUCCGACGCACGCUUGACUCUCCUGACGUCAACACCGCUUGGCAUGGCGGCGUUACAGCCAGGACAACUUGAGGUGAUGCAGGAUCGACGUCUAAGCAAGGACGACAACCGCGGGAUGGGCCAGGGUGUGCUCGACAACGUGCGAACGAGGCACACCUUCCGGCUUAUAUAUGAGAAGGCCAACAACCCCUGCCAGAAACCUUUCCCCGACCAUCCCAGCGGUCAGCUAACCCUGGGCGCCCACAUCUCAUCGCAAACUCUUCUGCACCCGCUCGUGGGCUUGCACUACUCCGCGCGCGCCGGCGCCGCGCUGCCCGCCUACCGGCGCGCGCGCACCGGCGCGGCGGACGUCGUGCUGGCCGGCUUCAGCGCGCAUGUCUCCGCCAAGAAGAAAGACGGCAACACAGUCCACGGUAUGGGCAUGACCUUCCAGAGAGUGCACUUAGACACUUGCUACGGAAACCCCGAGAUCAGCAAGUGGUACCCGACCAGCGACGGCAUCAUCCAGCUGUCCGAGCUGGUGGACUGUGCGCCCGAGCAGGUGUUGGACAGCUCGCUGACGUUCACGCGCGUGCGCGGCGCCGUGCCCGACGGCGCGCUCACGCUCUGCCCCAUGGAGAUACGCUCCGUCUUCCUCAACAAGACGCUCAAACAUGGCUGAACACAACUACAGAAAUAACGAGAUAAAUAACAGGUGAAUAAGAGGCAUAGUCUCCCUUAAGUUUACAGCAAAUAGGCUGCGUGUGCUAAAAAGUUUACACGUCACGCAAGCGGAGUGUCUUUUAUAAGGAUAUGUAUAUUACAACUUACGUGCUCGUCUAAUGUAUACGCGGUGCGCACAAACUCUUUUAUUUUGAUAUAAAAACCUAUCAUAUUAUCCAAAGCGAAAGAACCGACCGAUUAUGAAUUUUAUUAUGUUACAAAUACACAUGAUCAGGGAGCGUACUUUUCAUGCCGAUGACAUUAAUCUGACGUCACGCUCCGUAUAGGUGAUCCCAAAUAGUUUUAUUGUAAAUUAUUAAUCAUUAGUCGUCAAUCAUUUUAAUCGUGUACAA